AUGUUUCUUCCUUCCCAGUACAAAGCAACAGACUUUGUUGUCCCAGGCAAGGGUAAAGUGGAGAUGAUAUACACUCCUGCUGACAGUGGAGAACCAGUGAAAUAUGUUGUACAUGAAUUUUCUGAUGGUGGAGUUGCAAUGGGGAUGUUCAACACUGAUGAGGUAAACAUGUAACAUAGGAUAAAACUGAGUCAAUAAUUGGAAAAGAAUGUUAUUAUAAUUUUCUUAGCAUCGAUUUAUACACAAUUUGUGUGAUACUCCCAGCUUUGAUCUCAGCCUUCCUCAGCAGUGUUAACCCUUUAUGCCCUGACAUCAGUUUGCAGGCUCUCCUUGCUGUUUUCCAUGAGUUUGUGAUCAUUUUGUUUAUUCUCAUGACCUUAGUGUUUGAUUUAAGAGUGAUACUGUUGGGAGAAAUUUGAUGCUUAUCACACUAAGGGGUUAAAAGGUUAACCAAAUUAAAGAUUGUGUGUCCUGUCAGUAUACAUUUAUUAAAUAGAUAAUAAUAAAUGUAAGAUUUUUAACCAUUAUAGGAGUUGGCAAAUUAUUUACAGUUGGUUAUUUUAUCAACAGUCAUUACUGUCAAACCAGAUUUGCUGUUCUCAUUUGAGGAUUUAUUGAGUUAUUUCUAAUUUGGUGCUAUCAGUAGAAGACAAAAUAUCUAAGUAUUAAUUAUCUGUUUAUCCUCAGUCCAUUAAGAACUUUGCCCACAGUUCUUUUCAGUAUGCACUUGAGAAGGAGUAUCCCUUAUACAUGAGGUAA